ACAUACCAUAUCGCAACGGAGCCGUUUUGAACUUGUCGUCCCACAUCAUCCGCCAGUCAUCUUCACCGCCUUGUUGGCCAUAAAAUCCCAAACCCCGCUAGCUCCAGAAAAUCUCUCCAUUCCCUGUGUGACGCGAGGUUCAUUAUUCAUCAAGGUGAUCAUCUCCAUCGCAGUCAAGAUGCCUGUGUUGAAUGCAACUAGUAUUUCCACAUCACCUUUGUUGAUACCAGCAAAAACAGGGAACUGGUGUAAAGAGCAAAUUAAGCUUUCUGAAUGUCGUCCAGCAAGGAUUUCCCUGCAAUUUCAACCUGCUAUUGCUCCAGCUGGGCUUGGCUUGCAGUUACUACCUAUUAAUAAAAGAAGAAUACGGUCUGCUGUAGUAUAUGCUUCUACUUCGGGGCAGACUCAAACUGUUACAAAGCAGGCGCCUACGGUAACAAUCACCAAUGCUCCUGCAUCACCAAAACUGGAUGAUGGUGGGACUGGAUUUCCACCCCGCGAUGAUGAUGGUGGUGGGGGUGGUGGAGGUGGUGGUGGAGGCAACUGGUCGGGCGGAUUCUUUCUCUUUGGCUUUCUUGCUUUUCUAGGCUUUUUAAAGGAUAAAGAAAGCGAGGAGAAUUACCGGGACACGCGAAGGAGAUGAGAGAAAUGAUUAUAAAUUUUGUAAACAUAUUCCAGGCUGCAGAUUUAGUUUGGGUUGCUGUAUUCUUUUAUGACAAUGACAAUGAGAAUGAGAAUUACACCUACUACUUAAAAAAGUUCUCCUUGGAGUUGACUUGUCUACUAA